UCGACCCAGUUAGGCAACCUUUGAUGCCUCGAUCAAACAUCUACUUUGAGCAUAACACAGCGCUGUGUGUCAGCAAGCAGUUCACCGAAAUUUUCAACAGAGCAAAGCAAAGGCAGACGCAAAGCGAUUGAAUCAUGGAUGAAAACGAGGAAGACAUCAAGGCAGAGGCGGAACUGCUCAUUGAAUCCGAAAUCGGCGUUGAGGAGGCAGAGGAGUCGGAUGCCGAAGCCCUGGACAGCUGGGAGUCCUUCAACGAGCGCAUUGAUUCCCUCAUCGUAAGCGAGCACUGCGAUGGGCCUAUACGCAAACUGGACGAACGCCGCCGGAACAUACUGGGCCGGGUGCGCAAUCAGUUCCAAACCGCACCGAAGGGCACAGCCGAGCGGUGUGCCACAGAGAAGCCACUGAUCGAUCAGCAACUGGAGCUGUCCAGCCAGCGGCUGGACGAGCUGGUACGCUUCGGGGCCGAGCUCGUCACCAAUGUGCGUGUGGCCAAUGAGCGACGAGAGCUGAACCGGCGUAUGUUUGAGGCCACGCAGCAGGCGCAGACGCAGGUGAUGCUGCAGCGCGAGAGCAUCGAGACUAUGGCCAAGUACGAGGAAAUUAAGGCACGCUGGACGGAGCUGCAGGAUAUCAACGAGCCGAUGAUUCUCUGGGACCAGAUCGAGGGCCAAAAGAAGCGCAUCGCCGAGAUAAUGCAGCGCAAGGAUGAAAUGAUUGAAGCCUGCCAGACGGAGGUCGAUCGCAUAAAUGCCAAAUUCGAGUUCGAUCGGGAGCGUCAGGCACAAGACCUGUGCUGCCUGGUGGAGCGCGUUGACCACCAGGUGGAGGUGCUGAAGGAAGCCCACAAGCAGCAUCUGCAAAUGCUUCGCCACACCAUCGAGGAGGAGCGCCAGCAGUUUGCCGUCAGUGCCGUGGAGAAGUGGCGCACCUUCUUCGAUGCCCUCAACAAGAACUUUGAUGAGAAGGCCAAUCUGGUGCGCACCCGCCAGCAGUUCUAUGCCGAUCAGACGCAGCAGAUCAACGCCUCCCAGGAGGAGUUGACCAAGAGCACACGCAUCCGCCUGGACAAGGAGUGCGAACGCCUGGAGCUGGAGCUGCGACGCACGCGCGACAACGUGCUAAUGAACUCGGAGAAGCUCGACUACAACUAUCAGGUGCUGCAGAAGCGCAACGAGGAGAACGUGAUCAUCAACAACCAGCAGAAGCGGCGGGUGGCCCGCCUCCAUGAAUCGAUUGGACGCACUCGUCGCAGUCUGAAGAACCUUAAUGUUACGGGCAAGCGGAACAUAGAUCGUCUGUCGCAGGACAUCUAUAAGCUGCACGCCAAUAUCCACGAUAUGGAGCUGAAGGCCCACCAGGCGCGCCUCAACAACAAGGAGAAGUUCAACCGCAUUUGGGAGAUCAACUUUAAGGAGCUGAAUGUGCUCGUGGAUCGUGUCUAUCACAUCGACCGCAUCAUUCACGAGCAACAGCUGGCCCUACCCUGGCAACGUCCCAUUCCGCCGAUAGAGAACAUCAACAAGACGCGCCUAAAACACAACAAUGUCUUGGAGCGAUUCGAUUUGCGCAUAGGUCGGGUGCCUAAGAACCGCUCGGGGAACAAGACUGGAGCCAAGUUUAAGGCGGAUAUCAAGGAGCUACCUGUUGAGUCGUUGCGCCUAAUGCGGAACCUGGUCCGAAAGCUGGCGGACCGCGGCGGUUUCCUCAUCGAGCAGCGGCUGAUCAAGAUACUCGAGCCCUAUUCGGAGGCGGACAAGUGCCUGGUGCGGCUGGACAACAUAUUCGCUGCACUGCGCAUUCAACGGCUGUCCGAUGUCCACGAGCUGACCCAAGUCUUUCUGCCCUACACUUACUGUCCCACCUGCCAGCCCGGCGGACUGAGUCCGCGCAAGUGCGCCGAGGUCUUCAUGAAGCACCAGAAGUCCAACCGACUGGACCCGGACGUGCAGGCUCAACUGGACGAUGAGGAGCUGCAUCGCGAGCAGGAGCACCACAUGGAUACGUUCAUGGUGAAGGGUCAUGUAACGUCCAAGGGCUGCAAGAACCACUAUCUGGUGAUGGAGCCGGCCCUGUGCCUGCACGCCAUGAAUCUGUAUACGACGAAGAUGCACAAGCAAAUGUACCACAACAUUCCCGGCCGCCAGUCGAUCGCUGUCAACCUAAUCCAGUUCUCCGACGAUGAUAUUCGCAACUUCUGGCGCAAGUUUAUCGGCUGCUUCCCGCCGGCCAAGUGCAAGCUGUGGAAGACCCUCGAGCAUGGCCUCAAUCACUACGUGGAGGUGCUGAAGACGCGCGUCCAGUACGACGCGGAGGUUGUGUUCUUGCGCCGCCAGAACGAAGAGCUGCGCCAUCUGCUGCAGAAGUUUAAAGUAUAAUCUUUAUUCUUACCAUAUUCACACACUACACAAUUAUUGAUGGCAUUUCCAGUAAGCGGUCGAGAAAUUUCCAUUUUACAUACGGAAACUCAGCUCCACUUUCAGAGCUCUCCAAAAGAUUCAUUCGUAUAAUUUAAUUGCACAUCUAUUGGCAUUGCCUGCCAUUGCUAAAUUCUGAGUGUGCUUUUCCCACACCCCAGCCAUCGCCCAGCUUUGAUCACCGUUAAGACUGAACCAUAUGGCAAUAAAGAAAAGAAAAUCCAACACAUUUGCUAGUACCACAGGGCUAUUUGAGUACAAGGUAUACAAAUUCUUGUAGGAUGCCUUAAACGACAUUUCUCUCAGCUUUAAAUCGAGUUUAACUUCUAUGGAACAACUUAGAAUAAUUGUUUCCACAUCUUAAAUAGCAGGAGCAUAUGAAU